AUGACAAAAUACUCCAUCGACAUCGUCUCGGACACCGUCUGUCCGUGGUGCUAUGUAGGCAAGAACCGCCUGGAAAAGGCGAUCGAGGCGCACAAAGCCUCCAACCCAGAAGACACCUUCGAAACCAACUGGCUGCCCUUCUACCUCAACCCCGACGCCCCCAAAUCCAUCGACAAGCAGCAGUACUACCACCAGAAGUUUGGCCCGGGCCGCACGCAGGCGAUGCAAGUCAACCUCGCUCGCCUGGGCAAGCAGGUCGGCAUCGACUUUGCUUUUGGCGGCAAAACGGGCAACACGCGCGACUCGCACCGCCUGAUUCAACUCGCUAAAACGAAGGGCCCCGCGAUGCAAACUAAAGUCGUCGAGGAGCUGUUCAACUCCUACUUUGAGGAGAACGAGGACAUCACCGAUCGCGGCGUGCUGGUUGCGCGCGGUGUCCGGGCGGGCUUGGACGAGGCGGAGGCGAAGGCUUGGUUGGAGUCUGAUUCUGGCGGGCCCGAGGUGGAUAAGGAGGUGCUGCAGGCACUGAGGAAGUUUAUCGGCGGGGUGCCGAAUUUCACGAUUAAUGGGAAAUAUGUUGUUGAAGGGGCGGAGGAGCCCGAGGGAUUUUUGCAGGUGUUUGACGAGGCGAAAGCUGACGAUCGUCUCUCUGGGGCCUCUGUCACCAGUGGUGGGGAGACGUGCUGA